AUGGCGCCCGUCUUGCUCUCCUUGAGUCUGUCUCGCCUGGGCCUCUGGGCUUUUGGAUUGAUCUUGGUCUUAGGCUUCCUCAAGCUCCUUAGAGUGCUGCUGCGGAGGCAGAAGCUGGCCAGGGCUAUGGACAGCUUCCCAGGGCCUCCCACCCACUGGCUCUUUGGGCAUGCCCUCGAGAUCCAGCAGACGGGGAGCCUGGACAAGGUGGUGUCCUGGGCCCACCAGUUCCCGUAUGCCCACCCACUCUGGCUGGGACAGUUCCUUGGCUUCCUGAACAUCUACGAGCCUGACUAUGCGAAAGCUGUGUACAGCCGAGGGGACCCUAAGGCCCCGGAUGUGUAUGACUUCUUGCUCCAGUGGAUUGGGAAAGGCCUGCUGGUCCUCGAGGGGCCCAAGUGGUUCCAGCACCGCAAGCUGCUCACGCCUGGCUUCCAUUAUGACGUGCUGAAGCCCUACGUGGCCGUGUUCGCUGACUCCACGUGCGCCAUGCUGGACAAGUGGGAGGAGAAGGCUCGGGAGGAUAAGAGCUUUGACAUCUUCUGCGACGUGGGCCACAUGGCGCUGGACACGCUCAUGAAGUGCACCUUCGGCAAAGCAGACGGUGGCCUGAGUCACAGGGACAGUAGCUACUACCGGGCGGUCGGUGAGCUCACUCUGCUGAUGCAGCAGCGCAUGGAGUCCUUCCAGUACCACAACGACUUCAUCUACUGGCUCACUCCCCACGGCCGCCGCUUCCUGCGGGCCUGCCAGGUGGCCCACGACCACACAGACCAGGUCAUCAGGGAACGGAAGGCAGCCCUGCAGGACGAGAAAGAGCGGGAGAAGAUCCGGAACCGCAGGCACCUGGACUUCCUGGACAUUCUCCUGGGGGCUCGGGAUGAAGAUGGGAUCAAGCUGUCAGAUGCAGACCUCCGGGCUGAGGUGGACACAUUCAUGUUUGAAGGCCAUGACACCACCACCAGUGGCAUCUCCUGGUUUCUCUACUGCAUGGCCCUGUACCCCGAGCACCAGCAGCGUUGUCGGGAGGAGGUCCGCGAGAUCCUCGAGGGCCGAGACUCCUUCCAGUGGGAUGAUCUGGGCAAGAUGACCUACUUGACCAUGUGCAUCAAGGAGAGCUUCCGCCUCUACCCGCCCGUGCCCCAGGUGUUCCGCCAGCUCAGCAAGCCUGUCAGCUUUGUGGAUGGCCGCUCUCUGCCUGCAGGCAGCCUGAUCUCUCUGCACAUCUACGCCCUCCAUAGGAACAGUGCAGUGUGGCCUGACCCUGAGGUCUUUGACCCCCUGCGCUUUUCCCCUGAGAAUGCGGCCAGACGCCACCCCUAUGCCUUCAUACCCUUCUCCGCUGGACCCAGGAACUGCAUCGGGCAGCAGUUUGCCAUGAAUGAGAUGAAAGUGGUCACGGGCCUCUGCUUGCUCCACUUUGAGUUUGCCCUGGACCCCUCGCGACCACCCAUCGCGAUGCCCCAGCUGGUCCUGCGCUCCCGGAAUGGCAUCCACCUCCACCUGAAGCCGCUGGGCUCAGGCUCUGGGAAGUAGCUCUGCUGAGAGUAGGCCCCAGACAGCCCAGGCCGUGGCCUGACCCUGGGCACCGCCCUCCCCAGGCUGGAUUGUGCAGUAGCUGUGGCUCCCUGCCCUCCGGAGGCUUGUCGAUUAGAGGGGGAGUCGGCACCGGCAUGGACAAGCACCUCGAGG